GGCGUCAAAUUCAAACAAUCGCUGUCAAAAAUGGCUGAGCAACGGCAAGCAAAGAAACAUUUAAAAUGUAAAUAGCGUCUCCAAUAUCCCUUCGGACAUUCCUUUAGACUCGCCCCCUGACCAUGGUAGCUGGGAACAUCGCUAGAGCGUUAUUUGGGCUGAUUUUCGAGAAGGUUCAUUGCAGCUCGUUGGGUAGAGACAACGGGUUUGGAAACAACUAUGUGUGGGCAGGGUCCCUCGAGUCUGGCCUUCAGAUUGCGACGCACCACAACAAGCCUCUGAUGCUGAUCAUCCAUAAGUCGUGGUGUUCAGCAUGCAAGAAUUUGAAGCCGAAGUUCGCGAGCUCACCAGAGAUCCAGUCGUUGAGCAAACACUUCGUUAUGGUGAAUCUGGUGGAUGAGGAGGAACCGAAGAGCUCUUCGUUUGCUCCUGACGGGACGUACAUACCCAGAAUCCUCUUCAUUUCGCCCCAAGGAUUGGUCGAUAGCGACAUCUACAAUGAGGAAGGGAGUACCCAGCACAAAUACUUUUACAGCAGACCAGAACAAAUCGCCAGGUCUAUGAGAAGAGUGCUCGACAAGUACAAGCACGAAAAAUUUGACGUAUGAAGAUUUCCUUGUUAUCAAACUAAGGUGCGAACCUAAAAAUGGAAGACGAUAAAUUCCUAGUGCCAUUUGAGAAAAAUACACCUUUUUAGCUGUGCUAAUUGGAAAUUAGAUGAGUGAUCACAUACGUUCCUUUCCAGGACUGAACGGGAUCGGAAUGGACAUUGUAAUAACCGAAAAUUCAUAGUUGAUAAGAUUAAUAAACAAGACAUUUUGA